CCCCCACAGCAACAGCCAGCACACACUGCGAGGCUGAUCAAAGAAAGAAAGAAUGGAGGUUCUCGUCAGCUUAUCAUGUCUUCUGGUUAUUCUUGUUUCAGUUUCUGGGGGUAAUUCUGUUCAUGCUUACAAGAACCUCACCGUCGGCGACUCCUUGGGUUGGUACGAUAACUCCCAGAAGCCUGAUGUUGAUUACCAAGAAUGGGCUGCCGCCAACAACUUCAGCUUGGGAGAUUUCCUCAUUUUCAACACUGAUACGAAUCACUCUGUCGUCCAAACCUAUAACGAGACAACGUACAAGCUAUGUGAUUAUGACAAUGCCAAGGAGAAGGAUACGAUUCAAUGGUCGGAAGGGAACCCGUCAAACACAGAAACACACGAUGUGUCUGUGGCAGUUCCUUUGUUGAAAGAGGGCGUUACAUAUUUCUUUUCCGGUGAUUACGAUGGCGAUCAGUGCAAGAACGGGCAGCACUUCAAGAUAACUGUUACUCAUGGACAAGGCUUGCCAAAGAGUACGGAUGAGUCCCUUGCCGGACCGGCGAGCAGUCCACAAUCAGGCACUGGUGAUGAUGAAUCGAUACCGGACACGAUCGUCCCUAAUUCCAACUUCAAUGAUCCAAAAGUUGAAGAUGAUAGUGAUGAAGAUAAAGAGACAUCUGGAUCCGUUUCAUUUUCAGUUCCUUGUGUACGAGGCAAUCUGAUUUUUGUUUUGCUAGGUCUUGUCUAUUUGUUAUGCACAUAAGUUAUGUUCUCUUUCUUUCCCUUUUCGUCUUCGUUAUACGAUUUUUAG